CCUUGACUUUCUCCUGGUUUGGCGCCGAACUAUAAACCCUCGUGUCUCCCCAUACAUGAUCAGGUUUCCUUUCUUUGGUUCGUUCUGCCAUCGUCCUCCCAAGUACCACCACCUCCUCCUUCUCUCCUCUCAACCCCCGAGGUUAUCUAGGUAUCGAUCUUAUAUCUACCUAUUCUCUCCCACCGACCCUUCCUACCCGGAGUACAUUCUACCAUUAUGGAUUUGGCAAGCCUUCUCCACGGCGCCGCCCCGGCCCCCAAGCUCUAUACCGAGACAUACGGCAAGCGCUCUCUACAAGCGCCUCUUUCGCCCCCAGUGGAGGAUCAACCCAAGUGUUCAUUGCCUUCAAUCUCCACGUUGCUCGAGGGCGCAGAUGGAGCUCAGCACUCAGCUAAGCGCCAACGUCUCAGCCCACCCGCUCACCAGCGCGAUGCUCGCUACGACACCGUCUGCAUGCCUCCGACCCCACCACUCCGUCCAGGCUCGGGAUCCGGUCACGGCAGCGUCGCCCACUCCCCCGUCGAGCUAAACACUCCCAAACACGUCUCGCACCGCUCCUCCAUCUCGAGCACCACCAGCUCCACCGCCCCUCAACCUCACCACUCCCACGGGCCCUACGCCUCUCCAGCACCCAGCAUCUCCUCCACCUCUUCAUCAUCCUAUACCUCCCCCGUGGAAUCCAACCCCCCCAACAACACGACCCUCUACUACCCCCGCCCCCCAAGCAACGCAACCUUCAACCCUCCCACAAUCAACACCACCACCAUCACCUCCACUACCUCUCCAACAAUCCAACAACAAGCCACGCCAACCCAACAAUCGCCUCCUCUCAUCUCCCCCGUCACUCCCGCUUGGCAACACCAACACCACCAUUACUUCCCCCCCUCCAACGCAGCCCCCUAUCAACAAAAUCACGACCGAUAUAUCUGCCGUACCUGCCACAAGGCCUUCUCCCGACCCUCGAGUCUGCGCAUCCACUCGCACUCGCAUACGGGCGAGAAACCAUUCCACUGCACGCACCCCGGUUGUGGAAAGGCCUUCUCAGUCCGGUCCAACAUGAAGCGCCACGAGCGAGGCUGUCAUUCCGGCCGUCCGGCCAUUCCAGCGCCUGCGGCGCUGGUCUCUUAAAUCUAAACCUCGGUGGUGCCUUGUGCGUCUAUUUGAUUUUGCCUUUUUCUUAUUCUGGGAGUGUGUAUGAGUGCCUUUGCUUAAGGCUGGCGUUUUUUUUUUGAUUGGGAUUUUUGGGGUGAGGUUGGAUUUGGGAACCCCCC